AUGAAGCAGUGGCCACUGCCUCGUGAACAAGUACUUGCGAUCGACAAGUUCUUUGCCGAUCGUUUAGCUGCGGGCCUCGUGAGGGAAUCAACUUCCCCACAUAGCUCUCCGAGCUUCUGUGUGCGAAAAGCAACAGGAGGGUGGCGGAUUGUGCAUGCAUUUAACAAGUUGAAUGUUGCAACGGUACCGGCUCAGACGCCGAUACCCAUGAAGGACGUAAUCAUUGAUGGUAUGUCAAAGAGUACCAUCUUUUCGUCCAUGGAUUUGAUGGAUGGCUUCUAUCAAAUCCUGACGCGAGAGCGGGAUAUACCCUAUACCGCAGUUAGCACGCCUAGCGGCAUGCUCUGGGAAUGGCUAGUAAUGCCACAAGGGCUCAGUAAUGCCCCUGCCACGUUCAACAGAUGUGUAUCACAUCUAUUGAGACCAGUACGCGAAUUCGCGCCGAGUUAUUUCGAUGACGUAUUCAUCCAUAGUCGGGCUAUGGAUGGAAAGUCGGACGUUGAGGUUCACAGGUACCACGUCCGACAGGUUCUUACAAUCAUGCGAAAGCAUCAAUUGUAUGCAAACCUCAAGAAGUGUAUAUUUGCAGCAAGCGAAAUACCACUUCUUGGGUGCAUCGUUGGUAAGAACGGUGUACGUCCUGAUCCCGAAAAGAUCAAGGCGAUCACCGACUGGCCUGUGCCGGUUGAUGUCAAAGGUCUUCGAAAAUUCCUCGGGCUAGCGGCGUAUUUGCACAAGUAUUCACGCAAUUACGCCGAGAUGACUGUGCACCUCUCUCGUUUGUUGAAAAAGAACGAGAGGUGGUUAUGGAACGCUGAAUGUCAGCGCUCCUUUGAUGGUAUCAAGCAGAGCUUGAUGUAA